ACAUAUGUGACGAUGAUGUCCACAUCGGAUCUCACGUCCUAGCUGGCACGAGUGGCGAUGACAUGGGCGAACUAAUCUCGAGCUUCCUCCUCCGACAGCUCUGCUUCCGACUUCCCGACUCUGGCCCACUCCUCUUCCCCACCACGAACUUAACGAUCCUCGUCAGCGCCACAUCCAACGUCUCGUCGUCCAUGUUGGCGAAGCAAACCCUAAACCACCCGGGCUCAGAGCAAUGGAACGACCCGCCAGGCGACACGUUUAACCGAACCUCGUUCACAAUCACCCUCCAAAGCUCGAGCUCCGACUCGAAAGUUGCCUCCUUUAGAAGCCUCCUCAAAUCCAUCCACAAGUAUAGCCCGGCAUUGCUCUUCAAGCUCCCGAUACCCACUCGACCCAAUCCUCGGGAGAUAGCCGCGUGCCUUUCCCCGAGCCUCGUCGAGCUCUCGGUCAAAAACCGGUCAACGAAAGCCUCGUCCGACAGCAUCGAAGCUAUUAGGUGUUGCGUUUGCGUGGAGACGAGGCCGAAGCUCGACAUUUUCCGAGCGCAGUUCACUACCGCGUCGUUGUACGAAUUACGCCGACACGGAAACCGGGGAACCCGAGAUCUUUCGACAAGCUAUAGACAAUGUGGACUAAGUCGAGGGCUCUCUUGGAUUAUUUCGGAGAUUCCGAUGAAAUCGGGACGGUCGAAAACGGUUGCGGAGGAGUCUCGUAGGGUUUCUCGGUCGAGGACCGUGCCUAAGGGGUUCGACGGGUUGUUUAGGAGGAGGCCUUUGACUUUGAUGUUUGACUUUCUCGCGUUUUGGUAUGCGGACUCGAGGGCUUCGCGGAUAACCGGGAUGAGUUUUACUCCCGUGCGCCAUGUUAGGUCGCGAUCGUUUCUGCAUGAUGGGAGUUUAGAAUGU